AGCUAAUCGACGAGUGUUUUAAAAUAUAUAGAAUAGGUGAGACAGUAACUAACAACAAGAUAUUAUUAAUACCUUAAGAAAUGGAAUGCUUGUUAAUGAUGUUGAUGUAAGUAUUAGUUUUUGAUUGUGUGUUGCAACUGUCGCUUGCGAGUGUUUACAAUGUGAAAACUAGUUGCUCGAACGAUCUCACUGCGCUUGAAUUAUCGGGAAUCAAUAAAGUUGGUCUUGUAUCGGUGGUUUUUGCAUACUUGCUGAUAUCAAUGUGAUGCGGUUGAAGCUGAAGUUUGGACUCAUAAUGACUGUAUUACUUCUUUUGUCUGUUAAAGAUUGCGAUUCUGGAACCACUAUCGAUGAUUCCUAAAAGAUUAAAAAGAUUGAAGUUCGUUUAAGAAAUGUUUUGAAGGGAGACAAUGACAUUAAAAUUGCAAAAACUUUUGUGUUCAAAAUUUCAAAACUCUUGAGAGGAUGAAGCUUUUUCCAAUGCCAUAUCUUCUUUUGUGCCUUUGUAUGUUUGUAAAUACCACAUCACCUGUUCCACACCAUAUUCAAGGCAGCGAGGCAGAUGCUCUAUUGAAGUGGAAAGCAACCCUUGACAACAAUAGCCAGCCUUUGCUUUCAUCAUGGAUUGGUGACAAUCCUUGUGGUUGUGAGGGAAUCACAUGUGAUCAUCAGUCCAAGUCCAUCUAUAAGGUAAAUCUCACCGGUAUUGGACUAAAAGGUACGCUUCAGAGUCUCAAUUUCUCAUCACUUCCAAAACUCCAUACUUUACUUCUAAAAAACAACUUGUUCUAUGGUGUUGUUCCACAUCAUAUUGAAGCAUUGUCCAAUCUAGACACUCUUGAUUUUUCACAAAACAAUUUCUAUGGUACUAUUCCCAUUAGCAUUUGUAAUCUGUCCCAACUCUCAUAUCUUGAUCUUAGUGAGAAUCAUCAUCUCACUGGGAUUAUUCCAUCUGAGAUAGGUAGACUGAGAAAUCUAGAAAACCUUCAUUUUCAUAGCUGCAAUCUCACAGGGACUAUACCAAUAUCAAUAGGAAUGUUGACCAAUAUAUCAACUCUCUUGUUAUAUGGUAACACACUUUCAGGCCACAUUCCUCGUGAAAUUGGAAAGUUAUUCAAUGUCAAGAAGCUAUAUUUUGGAUGGAAUAGUCUUUAUGGCUUCAUUCCUCAAGAAAUUGGUUUUCUAAAAAAAGUCAGUGAACUAGAUUUGUCUAUGAACAAUCUCUUUGGCGCAAUCCCUUCUACUAUUGGAAACUUGAGCAAUUUACAUCAUCUUUACCUUCAUCACAACCAUCUCACCGGUAGCAUUCCCACAGAAAUUGGAAAUCUAUACUCCCUUUCCUCAUUUCGGCUGUUAAAUAACAACCUCUCCGGAUCAAUCCCUUCGUCCAUUGGUAACUUGGUCAAUUUGGACAAUAUUCUCCUUCUGUCAAAUAAUCUUUCUGGACCAAUUCCUCCGACUAUCGGAAAUUUGACAAAACUUACGAGCUUAAAGCUUUUCUCUAAUGCUCUGAGUGGCAAUAUUCCAACAGAAAUGAAUAGGCUUACCAAUUUCGAAACAUUACAACUAGAUUAUAAUAACUUCAUAGGUCAAUUACAUCACAACAUUUGUGUUGGUGGAAAGUUAAAAAGGUUCACUGGAAAUAUAACAGAUAGUUUUGGUGUGUAUCCACAGUUAGAUUACUUGGAAUUAAGUGAUAAUCAAUUUUAUGGCCAUCUAUCACCAAAUUGGGGAAACUGCAAGAAUCUCACAUCCCUUAAAAUUGACAAUAAUAAUUUAACAGGAACAAUUCCGUCAGAAUUGGGUAGAGCAACAAAUUUACAUGAACUUAACUUGUCUUCCAACCAUCUUACAGGAAGAAUUCCAAAGGAGUUAGAUAACUUAGUUUCAUUGAUCGAACUCUCAAUAAGUAACAAUCAUCUUUUGGGAGAAGUACCUGUACAAAUGGCAUCAUUGCAGCAGCUGAAUAACUUGGAUCUUUCAUCAAACAAUUUAAGUGGUUCCAUCCCAAAACAACUUGGAAGUUUGUCAAUGUUAUUGCAUUUGAAAUUGGGCAAAAAUAAGUUUGAGGGAAACAUUCCCAGUGAGAUUGGAAAACUAAAAGAUACUGAAGAUCUCGAUCUUAGUAGAAAUGUUUUGAAUGAAACCAUACCGGAAAUGCUUGGACAGUUAUAUCGUUUAGAAACAUUGAAUCUCUCACAUAAUAAACUUUCUGGUCUCAUUCCCUUUAGUUAUGGUGAUAUGUUAGCCUUGACAAAUGUUGAUAUAUCAUACAAUCAAUUGGAGGGUCCGAUUCCAAGCAUUCAGGCCUUCCAAAAUGCUUCAAUUGAAGCUUUAAGAAAUAACAAAGGCUUGUGCGGAAAUGUCUCUGGCCUAAUGUCUUGCUCAACAUCAACUGAAAAAUUUCAUAGUCGUAAGACCAAGAAAAUUUUGAUGUUAGUUUUAUCCCUCACUCUAUGCACUCUGUUGUCAGCAUUAUUUGUUUAUGGGAUCAAAAUAUACUAUCGUUAUCGAGCUUCAAGCACAAGAGAAUGCAACCCUAGAGGAGAGUCUCAUGAUCAAAAUAUAUUUGCAAUAUGGAGUUUUGAUGGGAAAAUGGUGUAUGAGAAUAUUAUCGAAGCCACAGAAGAGUUUGACAACAAGUAUCUCAUUGGAGAUGGAGGACAGGGAAGUGUUUACAGAGCAGAAUUGCCUACUGGGCAAGUUGUAGCUGUAAAGAAACUUCAUUCAUUACAAAAUGGAGAAAUGUCAAAUCUGAAGGCUUUUUCAAGUGAGAUAAAAGCUUUAACAGAAAGUCGACAUCGAAACAUUGUGAAGUUAUAUGGGUAUUGUUCACAUCCAUUGCAUUCUUUUUUAGUUUAUGAGUUCUUGGAGAAGGGUAGUGUGGACAAGAUCUUGAAAGACAAUGAGCAAGCAACUACAUUUGAUUGGAAUAAGAGGGUUGAUGUUAUUAAAGAUGUUGCAAAUGCUUUAUGCUAUAUGCAUCAUGAUUGUUCCCCUCCAAUUGUUCAUCGCGAUAUCUCCAGCAAGAAUGUUAUUUUGGAUUUGGAAUACGUAGCUCAUGUAUCAGACUUCGGAACAGCUAAGUUUCUAAAUCCUGAUUCAUCCAACUGGACUUCUUUUGCUGGAACAUUUGGAUAUGCUGCUCCAGAACUUGCCUACACAAUGGAAGUAAAUGAGAAGUGUGACGUGUAUAGUUUUGGUGUAUCAACAAUGUUGCAAUCAAGUGGUUUAGGUGUUGAAAUUGAUGAUUUGUGGUUGAUUGAUAAGUUGGAUCAACGCCUCCCUCGUCCUAUUAAGGAUAUUGAGAAAGAAGUGAUAUCAAUGAUGAAGAUUGCAUGUCAUUGCAUAACUGAGAGCCCAUGCAGUCGCCCUACAAUGGAACAUGUUUGCAAGGAGAUUGUAAAUUGUAAUGUCAAAACCAACUUUAAGGGUUGAUUUUGUUCAAAAAAAACACUACUGAAAAAAAUAAGUGUUACAGGAUAACUAUUUAUAUUAGGAAUGUAUAGCUAAAAUUUAAUGUUCACGUUGCUUUUCAGAAAGAAAGAAAAAAACAAAAAAAAAGAUUAGAGAUGGAGAAUGUAUUGCUCUGUUGUUGGUGUAGCUUUGUUGUAUGAGUUAUCUACAACGCUAGCUUGUAACAUGUAAUAAUGUAGCAACGUUCUCUGCCAACACUAGCUUGUAACGUGGAAUCAUUUAGCAUUGGUUUUAAACGACACUACCUGACUUAUGGGUUUAAGGUAGCCACGGCUUUAGCUGACGCUAUAUUUAUUUACUUUUAAUUUUUUUUAGGACUUACUCGAACUUGUUUAAAUUGAAACCUAUUUUUAGUACGUACAUGAACUUGUUUAAAUUGAAACAUAU